GGAAGGAGCAGUCCAUUGUUGUCGUGCGGUCAGAACGGUGCGAGAGGGAUAGUUGAAUGGGAAUGGAGCUAUUCUUGUCUAACUAACUACAGCGAUCACGUGACUCGAUAUACUACACAGUCUGAACACAUUUGCUUUCGCAAUUUUACUCUAAUUUGCUUACUUGUGUAAUGAUAAAUUCAUAUCUUUAUCACGUGUCUUAAGACAAUUUUUUAUAUAACAUUCUCUUCCCAUUUUUGAUAGAUAUACACUUUUUGGUUGUGUCACCACUAUACGAGAACAAAUCUGAACCAAUGUUUUCAGCCACGGUAGUUGACGUUAAAAAGAGACAUCACCAUUCCCAUUCAACUAUCUCUCUCCGUGCGUUCUUUUAGGCAUCGGAUACAGCAGUUUUUGCAGUAAUUCAUUCUUUUAGCCCGACUGCGCAGUCGACUGCACCGCAGAUUUCCGUCAGCCGGCAAAUCCGAUGCGCAGCGGUUGCCAAAUCCGAUGCCUAAAAGAACGCACCCUCUCUGACCGCUCGAUCCUAUGGAGGGGGUAGGCAGUGCUCCUUCCAGUAUGGUUAUAGUUCAAUGGUGGCCAAUGAGCCGCGCGCCAGUAAUAAGAAGAAGAAGCUUCUGGCCAACUUUCAUGCUUUUGAAACGCGUAUCAAACGAAGAGAAGCACGUGGAAUCGUGGGAUCAGCGGAAAACACGUGUCGCGACGAAGUCUAAAACACGAGUGAAAUAAUAUUUGUGGUUCAGUAAGUGUGGAAACGCCGACAAAUAAAUAGCUAUGGUUAACAAAAGGAAAGUAAAACCUUAUGUGAGGAAGAAGCAUACGCCGGAGAGUAAAAUAAUCGAAGGACUACGAUCCAAAUACAACGCUAUAGACGUUACUAAAGCAACGAAGUUCAGCGACCUCCCUUUAUCGGGACCUACUCUGAAGGGUUUAACGGAGAACGAGUACAUUGAAAUGACUGAUAUUCAGAGGCAGAGCAUCGGCUUGGCUUUGCAGGGCAACGAUAUCUUGGGAGCUGCGAAAACCGGGAGCGGCAAGACGCUGGCGUUCCUAAUUCCGGUGCUGGAAGUUUUGUUUUGCAAACAAUGGACGAGACUGGAUGCAUUGGGCGCGUUGAUCAUCACACCGACGAGAGAGCUGGCGUAUCAGAUUUACGAGACGUUGCGGAAAGUCGGUCGCCACCACGAGAUUUCGGCAGGCUUGAUCAUAGGCGGGAAGGAUUUGAAAUUCGAGAAGAAGCGCAUGGACCAGUGCAAUAUAGUUAUAUGCACACCGGGACGUUUGCUCCAGCAUAUGGACGAGAAUCCAUUAUUCAACUGUGCAAAUAUGCAGAUAUUGGUGUUGGAUGAAGCGGAUCGUUGCUUAGAUAUGGGUUUUGAGAAAACCAUGAAUUCCAUUAUUGAAAACCUUCCGCUUGAGAGGCAGACUUUGCUCUAUUCAGCGACUCAGACAAAAUCUGUGAAAGAUCUGGCGAGAUUGAGUCUUAAGGAUCCGUUAUACGUGUCUGUGCACGAGCAUUCUGCGCACACCACGCCGGAGAGUUUGCAACAGAGUUACAUUGUAUGUUCCUUGGAAGAUAAAAUGGCGAUGCUGUGGUCUUUCAUAAGAAAUCAUACGAAACAGAAAAUCAUCGUGUUCUUUUCCAGCUGUAAACAAGUGAAAUAUGUGUAUGAGGCGUUCUGUCGAUUGCGGCCGGGAACCAGUUUGUUAGCUCUUUACGGCACUCUUCAUCAACUGAGAAGAAUGAGUAUCUACGAGUCAUUUUGCAAGAAGCAGCACGCCGUUUUGUUCGCGACUGAUAUUGCCGCUCGCGGAUUAGACUUUCCUGCUGUAAGUUGGGUGAUUCAAAUGGAUUGUCCGGAAGACGUCAAUGCCUACAUACACAGAGCAGGCAGAACUGCCAGGUUUAAAAGCGGUGGUGAAUCUCUUUUAGUUUUGUUACCAUCUGAAGAAUCGAUGGUUGAGAGACUUAAGCAACGUAAAAUCCCAAUAAAUAUGAUACAGAUUAAUCCAAACAAACUGCAGUCACCACAUCGUAAGCUCGAAGCUUUAUUGGCGCGAGAUGUGGCAUUGAAAGAAACAGCUCAGAGAGCAUUUGUAUCAUAUAUCAAGUCGGUUUUUCUAAUGAAGGAUAAAGAGAUCUUCAAUGUGCAUGCGUUGAACACAGACACAUAUGCCAAAUCGUUAGGAUUAGCCAUACCCCCGAGAAUCCGGUUCUUACAAAGAAUGCAGAAGAAAAUGUCGAAUAAUAAUAAUGUUAAGACUGAAGAAGAAACAGAUCCAGUUUCACCUAAUUCACCAGACAAUAGCGAGCAAGAAGAUAGCGACAGUAACUCUGACAGGAGUGAAAUUCUCGAUAAAAAUAAUGAAAAAAGGAUAGUGAAGGAGGAAAAUACUGCCGCUCUUCAGUUUGAUGAUAGUGACGAUGACGACAUACUAACUAUAAAGAGAAAAAAUAUUGAUAUUGAUAUUUCAAUGCCGAACAAUGAGGACAAGAUUUCGAAGAAAAAGAAAUCUGUUACAAAGGUCGCGUUGGCUAAAAAAAUUCUCAACAAGAAAAUUGUACCUAAUAAGAAGACCAUGUUUGAUGAUAAAGGACAAGAAUUAGUCGAUUCUGCUAAAAAGAAAAUGUCAGAAUUAGCACAGCAGUACGAGAAUGAGGUUGACUCUGGCAUUAAUAUCGAAAUAGCCAAGCAAAUCUUGCGUGAAGAGGACCAAUUUGAUAAACAAAGAUUCAGGAAAAAGAUAAAAGAAAGACACAGAGAGGAAAAGAAGAAACUGAAGCACGCUAAAAAGGCAGAAAGAAAUGACAAGGACGAAGAUGCAGGCGAGGAUUACAAUAGCGAAAGUGAAGCUAGUGAAGGUCCAGAUCUUUCAUGGUUACCUGAUCCAGAUAAGAUAUAUGGCAAGCAACGAGAUGAGAAUGAAGAAGUAUCGUCUGUCAACGAAUCCAUAGAUGAAGAAUCUGAUGAAAGCACAGUUCACAGGCCUUUCAAAAGAAAAUUGAUAACGCAAGAAGAGCACAAGGGGAUCAAGAAGAAACAUAAAUCCGAUAUUGCCGAUCUGCAGAUCGACGAGGAAUUAGCGUUACAAUUAAUACAAAAUUAGCACCAAGUGCAUCUUUAGAGAAAUGUAAAUUUAUACAUUUUAUUUAUGAACGACAGUAUGUACACUUUACAAUGUAACUUUACCUUAACAGUAAAGUGUAUUUUACAUUUUGUCAUUGUUUUAAUUCAACUAGAUAAAAUUGUACUAAGGCGGCAUA